AUGGGAGGUAUUUUCAGUAGCAGUAGCAAGAAGGUGGAUUACAGUGGCAAGCUCAUCGUCAUCACCGGCGGAGGAAGUGGAAUUGGUCUUGAAAUGGCCAAGAGCUUUUCCCGGGAUGGGGCUCAAGUCGUCAUUACCGGGCGUACCAAGUCCAAGCUUGAAGCAGCGGCAAAGGAGCACGAAAAUAUCACUCCAUUUGUCUGUGAUGUCUCCAAGGAUGAUGACAUGAUCAAGCUUCGCGAUGCCAUGGAGAAGAAGGGCGGUGUCGACUUUCUCGUCAACAAUGCUGGAGUCGCUCAUGACAUUGAUUUUCUGGAUGAGACAAACAAAAUCAGUACACAAUUCUAA